CUUUUUAAUACACUUUCACUCCUGCUCUAAAAACUUGCCGUGAUCUCUCACUCUGCCUUAGACCUCUUGGUCAAAUUCAUAUGGGUUUGCUGCUGUUAACACAAUAAAGUUAUUCUUUCUCCCUUUAUAAUUUAUAGGAAUAGAAUUUAAAAUGAUGUAAAUAUUCUGUUCCUGAUCAAACUUUCAUUCAGUGGUUGUAGUAUCCAUUGAAGAUUCCUGACUGAAUUAUUAUUGAGAUAAAUGUAAAACAUCUUUUUUAAAAAAAUUUCAGUAGAUCCUAAUCUAUUCUAUUGAUUAGGUUUGCUUUUCCUAUGAUAUCCAUUGUGAUUUAUAUAUUUCAUGGUACUGUUUUAUAGUGUUGGGAAAUUUAAGAAAUACAGAGAUGUGGGGAGGAAGUUGGUUUUUAUUUAGGGGCUAUCAGGGGAGAGUUUGAUAGUGAAAUUCUGUCUCUCUCUUUUUCUCUCUACUGCAAUGUAGUAUGUAAUCAAUUAUAUAGGCCAAAGCAUAUAAAGAACUGAAGCAAAUGGGGGCAAAAGAUCUAUUCAGUUUAUAAUCUUUUAUGACAGAUUGGACAGUGAAAUGAUCCUCUUUUUUUAAGUAGAUCUGAGGAUCUCCAUGGUAUAAUUAUGUCCUACCAAAAGUGUGUCUUUUUCAAAGGUGUUUCUCUCCUUGUGCUUAACCAUCAUGGAUAUGACUGCUUUUCUUGUUAGGUGGCAUAAAUGAGGGGGUGAAGAAUGGGACGGAAACUGCUAAUUCAGUAAAACUUCUUGGGGAGUAAUGUAGGGAAGUUACCUUUUGAAACAUGAGAAUGACAUAAGAGUUCUCCACAGCAUGAUUCAUUCUUUCUAGAAGGAGGAAGUUGCUUGGUGUUUCUUAAGUUCAUUUUCCUUUUUUAUCCUAGUUUAUUCUGUUUGUUUGUUUGUUUGUAAAACCAGAGGUCAUUUGUUUUCCUUGUAUAUUUUCAGAAUUGAGAAUAUAAUGAUUUUGGUUUUUUCCUCCCUCUAGCACCAGCAGACGUUUUUGAAUCAACUGAGAGAAAUUACCGGGAUUAAUGACACCCAAAUACUACAGCAAGCCUUGAAGAAACUACCUUUUCCGUAUAUGUUACUGAGUGUGAGGCCAUAGCCUAUCACCUUGCCAGGAUAAAUUUGGGAUAGUAAUGGAAACUUGGAAUUAGCGGUGGCUUUCCUUACUGCAAAGAAUGCUAAGACCCCUCAGCAGGAGGAGACAACUUACUACCAAACAGCACUUCCUGGCAAUGACAGAUACAUAAGUGUGGGAAGCCAAGCAGAUACAAGAAAAAAACAGUAUAUGCUUCCCAGAACAAGAUGUGCUACAGUUGGGCAAUCAAAAUAUGGAUCCAAAGAUAAGAGGGAUUUGGAUGUGAUUGAUCUCACUGGAGAUGAUAAAGAUGAUCUUCAGAGAGCAAUUGCCUUGAGUUUGGCCGAAUCAAACAGGGCAUUCAGGGAGACUGGAAUAACUGAUGAGGAACAAGCCAUUAGCAGAGUUCUUGAAGCCAGCAUAGCAGAGAAUAAAGCAUGUUUGAAGAGGACACCUACAGAAGUUUGGAGGGAUUCUCGAAACCCUUAUGAUAGAAAAAGGCAGGACAAAGCUCCCGUUGGGCUGAAGAAUGUUGGCAAUACUUGUUGGUUUAGUGCUGUUAUCCAGUCAUUAUUCAAUCUUUUGGAAUUUAGAAGAUUAGUUCUGAAUUAUAAGCCUCUAUCAAAUGCUCAAGAUUUACCCCGAAACCAAAAGGAACAUCGGAAUUUGCCUUUUAUGCGUGAGCUGAGGUAUCUAUUUGCACUCCUUGUUGGUACCAAAAGGAAAUAUGUUGAUCCAUCAAGAGCAGUUGAAAUUCUUAAGGAUGCUUUCAAAUCGAAUGACUCACAGCAGCAAGAUGUGAGUGAGUUUACACACAAAUUAUUAGAUUGGUUAGAAGAUGCCUUCCAAAUGAAAGCUGAAGAGGAGACGGAUGAAGAGAAGCCAAAGAACCCCAUGGUAGAGUUGUUCUAUGGAAGAUUCCUAGCUGUGGGAGUACUUGAAGGUAAAAAAUUUGAAAACACUGAAAUGUUUGGCCAGUACCCACUUCAGGUCAAUGGGUUCAAAGAUCUGCAUGAGUGCCUAGAAGCUGCAAUGAUUGAAGGAGAAAUUGAGUCUUUACAUUCAGAGAAUUCAGGAAAAUCAGGCCAAGAGCAUUGGUUUACUGAAUUACCACCUGUGUUAACAUUUGAAUUGUCAAGAUUUGAAUUUAAUCAGGCAUUGGGAAGACCAGAAAAAAUUCACAACAAAUUAGAAUUUCCCCAAGUUUUAUAUUUGGACAGAUACAUGCACAGAAACAGAGAAAUAACAAGAAUUAAGAGGGAAGAGAUCAAGAGACUGAAAGAUUACCUCACAGUGUUACAACAAAGGCUAGAAAGAUAUUUAAGCUAUGGUUCCGGUCCUAAAAGAUUCCCCUUGGUAGAUGUUCUUCAGUAUGCAUUGGAAUUUGCCUCAAGUAAACCUGUUUGCACUUCUCCUGUUGAUGAUAUUGAUGCUAGUUCCCCACCUAGUGGUUCCAUACCAUCACAGACAUUACCAAGCACAACAGAACAACAGGGAGCCCCAUCUUCAGAACUGCCAAGCACAUCACCUUCAUCAGUUGCUGCCAUUUCAUCAAGAUCGGUGAUACACAAACCAUUCACUCAGUCCCGGAUACCUCCAGAUUUGCCCAUGCAUCCGGCACCAAGGCACAUAACAGAAGAAGAACUUUCUGUGCUGGAAAGUUGUUUACAUCGCUGGAGGACAGAAAUAGAAAAUGACACCAGAGAUUUGCAGGAAAGCAUAUCCAGAAUCCAUCGAACAAUUGAACUAAUGUACUCGGACAAAUCUAUGAUACAAGUUCCUUAUCGAUUACAUGCUGUUUUAGUUCAUGAAGGCCAAGCUAAUGCUGGGCACUACUGGGCAUAUAUUUUUGAUCAUCGUGAAAGCAGGUGGAUGAAGUACAAUGAUAUUGCUGUGACAAAAUCAUCAUGGGAAGAGCUAGUGAGAGACUCAUUUGGUGGUUAUAGAAAUGCCAGUGCAUACUGUUUAAUGUACAUAAAUGAUAAGGCACAGUUCUUAAUACAAGAGGAGUUUAAUAAAGAAACUGGGCAGCCCCUUGUUGGUAUAGAAACAUUACCACCAGAUUUGAGAGAUUUUGUUGAGGAAGACAACCAACGAUUUGAAAAAGAACUAGAAGAAUGGGAUGCACAACUUGCACAGAAAGCUUUGCAGGAAAAGCUUUUAGCAUCUCAGAAAUUGAGAGAGCCAGAGACUUCUGUGACAACAGCACAAGCAGCAGGAGACCCAGAAUAUCUAGAGCAGCCAUCAAGAAGUGACUUCUCAAAGCACUUGAAAGAAGAGACUAUUCGAGUAAUUACCAAAGCGUCACAUGAGCAUGAAGAUAAAAGUCCUGAAACAAUUUUGCAGUCGAAACCUGAAAAUACUACAAGCCAACCACUUUCUAAUCAGCGAGUUGUUGAGGUGGCGAUCCCUCAUGUAGGGAAAUUUAUGAUUGAAUCAAAGGAGGGGGGGUAUGAUGACGAGAUCAUGAUGACACCGAACAUGCAAGGUAUUAUAAUGGCGAUAGGUAAAUCCAGGAGUGUAUAUGACAGGUGUGGUCCUGAAGCAGGGUUCUUUAAGGCAAUUAAGUUGGAAUAUGCAAGGUUGGUUAAGUUGGCCCAAGAAGACACCCCACCAGAAACUGAUUAUCGUUUACAUCAUGUAGUGGUCUACUUUAUCCAGAACCAGGCACCAAAGAAAAUUAUUGAGAAAACAUUGCUAGAACAAUUUGGAGAUAGAAACUUGAGUUUUGAUGAAAGGUGUCACAACAUAAUGAAAGUUGCGCAAGCCAAAUUGGAAAUGAUAAAACCUGAAGAAGUUAACUUGGAGGAAUAUGAGGAGUGGCAUCAGGAUUAUAGGAAAUUCAGGGAAACAACUAUGUAUCUCAUAAUAGGGCUAGAAAAUUUUCAAAGAGAAAGUUAUAUAGAUUCCUUGCUGUUCCUCAUCUGUGCUUAUCAGAAUAACAAAGAACUCUUGUCCAAAGGCUUAUACAGAGGACAUGAUGAAGAAUUGAUAUCACAUUAUAGGAGAGAAUGUUUACUAAAAUUAAAUGAGCAAGCUGCAGAACUCUUUGAAUCUGGAGAGGAUCGAGAAGUAAACAAUGGUCUGAUUAUCAUGAAUGAGUUUAUUGUCCCAUUUUUGCCAUUAUUACUGGUGGAUGAAAUGGAAGAGAAGGAUAUACUAGCUGUGGAAGAUAUGAGAAAUCGAUGGUGUUCCUAUCUUGGUCAAGAAAUGGAAUCACACCUCCAAGAAAAGCUGACAGACUUUUUGCCAAAACUGCUUGAUUGUUCUAUGGAGAUUAAGAGUUUCCAUGAGCCACCGAAGUUACCUUCGUAUUCCACGCAUGAACUCUGUGAGCGAUUUGCCCGAAUCAUGUUGUCCCUCAGUCGAACUCCUGCUGAUGGAAGAUAAACUGCACACUUUCCCUAAACACACUGUAUAAACUCUUGUUAGUUCUUAACCCUUGCCUUCCUGUCACAGGGUUUGCUUGUUGCUGCUAUAGUUUUUAACUUUUUUUAUUUUAAUAACUGCAAAAGACAAAAUGACUAUACAGACUUUAGUCAGACUGCAAAUAAUAAAGCUGAGAAUCGCAUGGCGCUCAGACUUUGUUUUAACCGGAACUGAUGUAUAAUCACAAAGCUAAUUGAUUUUAUUAUGGCAAAACUAUGCUUUUGCCACCUUCCUGUUACAGUAUUACAUUGCUUUUAUCUUUUCUUUCUCAACAGCUUUCCAUUCAGUCUGGAUCCUUCCAUGACUACAGCCAUUUAAGUGUUCAGCACUGUGUACGAUACAUAAUAUUUGGUAGCUUGUAAAUGAAAUAAAGAAUAAAGUUUUAUUUAUGGCUACCUAUGUGUUUGUAAGCAGGUAUAUUGUAUAUUAGUGUAUUAUUUAGUAAUAUAUAAAUGAAUUUUGUUUGGGGAUUAAGAUUGGGCAGUGAAUAGAUUAAUAGUCUUUUAAUUCUGCUCUAAUGGUAGCAGAUUGGAAAAUUUUUAAGUAUUUGACACUUAAAUUUAUCUAUAUUUUUAACAAAGUUCUUGAACUUAGUAUGGCACCUGAACCUGUUUUGAAUUCAGCCAGGUUUUUACUCAAGUAAGUGGUUGAUUUUUAAGUCAAACUACACUGAAACUUUUAACCUUUUCUUAGAUUAAUCUUUUUAAAUGUACUUAAAAUAUAUAGCAAGAUGAUUAUUUCAAGAGAAUCCCAAAGUACUUGAAUAAGGGCUAUUGUAAAACUUAAAAGAAAUAUUUAUAUAUGCACAUAUAUACACAUACACACAUGUGUUCUUCAUAAUGGAGGGCAAUGUUUUGCAAUAUAUUUGUCAUUCUAUUUUUGUAAAUUGUGUAUCACUUUAGUUGAAAAUGUUCUCUACUAAUUAAUACUGUGAAACAAAAUUGAUAUUGUUUAACUAGAAGUUACAAGUGUCUUAACUGCCUUUAUUCCUUUUCAAAAAGAAAAAAGCUAUAGAACAUUUUGUAGAUGAAACUACUGUUUAAGAUUAACGAAUUAAUAUUGUGAAUGAAAAUCAAAAUCCACACUUUAAUCAUGUUACUAACAACCUAUUUUUUGAAUUCAUAAAAAUUUCUUUAUAAAUGAUGCUUUGUGAGCAUAGUAAAACAGACCAUUAUACUAUGUGUAUGUUUGAUACAGCGUCGUCAAAACUAGUGUUCUUUGUAAGUGCCUCUUACAAAGAUCCUGGAUGGAGGAGUAAGACAAAAUAUUAUGCUAUUGUGUGAUGCUCUUUGUAAAGGUGUCAAUGUUCUAGUAAGAUAUUAAUGACAAGGAAUUGGUACUAUUCUUUUUGUAAAGUUAGAUUUUGCAUAUUGUACCUAUCAAAAUAUGUUUGGGUUUAAAUUUUAAGUUGUCUACUGAGCAGAAUUCUGCAUUGGUUUUUCCAGUCCUGUUAAAAGUUAGAAACUUCAUAUAUGUUAUCACAGCUUUUGUAAAGUAUCCUUAAUAUUUUAUGUUAUUCUACCACAGUG